AUGGCACUCAUAGACACACACAAACUGAUCAUGUCGGCAGGAGAACAUGGUGACCGUAGUCAAUUCAUAGAGUUUGUUUCCAAAAACUGUAAAUUAUAUAACCUCCGUAACGGCUAUGCCCUCAGCACAGCAGCCACUGCCAAUUUCACCAGAUCCGAACUUGCUACAGCCCUUCGUAGUCGUCCAUACAAUGUCAAUUUGAUUAUAGCCGGAUACGACAAGGAACACGAAGGGUCCAUCUACUAUAUGGACUAUUUGGCUUCGAUGGUCAAGCUCGAUUUUGCUUGCCACGGAUACGCCGCCUACUUUUUAUUAGGUCUUUUGGAUCGUCACCAUAAAAAGGAUAUGUCCUUUGAGGAAGGUAUGGCCUUGUUAAAGAUGUGCACCCAAGAAUUGAAAACUCGUUUCUUGGUUGGUGGAAAAUUCAUGAUAAAACAUAUUAAUCAAGAUGGUGUCAAACAAAUUCCUUUCAUCAAUUAA